GCGGCUUUGUGAUGCAACAUUCCUUGUCGAACGGACCUGACACUAGGGCGCGUAGAAAAGUAAGAGGCCGCAUCGACGGCGGGAAAUGACGCAGACCGCGGAGGAAGGUGCUGCAAGCACGGGCUCGGCCCUGCAAGCGGUAUAGUGAUUUAGUGAAACAAUGCCAUCGACGCGUGCUUUUAUUUGCACCUCUGCGCGCCCGCACGAUAAUUCCUUUUGAAUAACAAUCUACGCCGGCCGAUCGCAACCCCAAAUAAUCACAAAAACGCAUACCUCAGGCACCUGCGCCUCCCGCGGGAACUGCACAGGAUCCAUCCGCUGGUGCGACCAGUGAGUCAUGGAGCGCGCAACGGGUAUCCAACAUACCGGUGAGCCAGUUGAUUCAGAUUCUACCGGAUGGGAGCCACGUGGUAAAUCAAUACCAAAUGUGAGUCGUGUUUUUUUUCCUCUUCUUUUAUAGUGAUCGGAGACAAUUUUUUUCGGAGCGAGUGGCAGCUAGCCUCCUACUCAGAGGACGUGCUGGCACUCGUUCAGCGGAACGGAAUGAAGGAUACGUAAGUACAUAGUUCGCUGGGCACAAAGCACGUACAUGCCAGUAAUUGAGGAACUUCUGGCACGAUAGUUCAAGAAAUUUUAAAACCGCACCGCAGUUGGCCCAGCCCGCCCCCAACCUGCAGCCCAUUCCGUUGCAACAGGCGCUGCAGGCGGAGAGCACAACGCCGGACCCGCACGGCAAGUUCAAGUGCGUCUACAUGCCCACCAUGGUGCCCAUGCUGUGGACCCCACGAACCCCGCAGCACUACAAACCGGGCGGCAACAAGAUGAACAAAGGGAAAGGGAGCAAACCGUCGAUGAUAGCGCAGCCACCGGGCGGGAGUAGUAGUACUGGUGGGAGGAAUAAGAAUAACUACGGUGCAGCUGGCGGGUUUAGUGGAAAAGGAGGAGGUAAGAAUAAGGGCAGCAAGUCCGGCCAAUCUCCCGCGCGGCGCGGCGGUCCUGGAUAUUCCGAGCUUACACUUGGCGAUUUCAUCCAGGUCAAGAAGAAGCCAAGGAAAAAUAGCAGUGCGACGGAAGCAGACGAUGGAGAGCAACAUGAAGAAACAAGAAACGCACCAGAUGAACAAGAAGUAGAAGACGACUCAGAACCACUAGCAGAGGAGAAGAGUUCGUCCAAAUAUUGUCCCCCGACGCGAAAUGUGCCUUCGCCUGCGAAGGCCGGCAACAAAAGCAGCGAGGUAGACGACGGGUCCGCCACAAACGCGAAUUCCACGGCCGACGAGAGCGGCGGCGCAGGAAAUAAUUCUAGCGAUCCGGCACAAGACCAGGAAGUCCCGCCGCCCCCGCCCCUGCAGGACCCGCCCCCACCGGAGGAGGAGGAGGGCGCGCCGGGCGGGUUUGCGGAAGGCGUGCCAAUAUUCGACCCCUCAACCGGCACGUGCUACUACAUGGUUGAUACCAGCGCCUGGAUCCCCUUGCCGGUCGUGCAAAACCGGGCCCCGGCGCCCGGGGGCGGACCGACCGGGCCUUUUCGUGCGGGUAUCGAACAGGGUGGAUCGUUUAUUUCACUUUGAUGUACUACAGGCGAGCUUGAAACAUGAAGCGCACUUUGCUUGAAAUCUGCAUAUCAUGGCCGUUUCCUAUUUCCAAUCUUUCCUCUCGACUUCUCUCCAAACAUAAAAACCUCAACAGUCGUCAUGCCUACCGCCAUUGGUGGACAGCCCAUGCCGCAGAUGCACCAACCCGCGAUGAUGCAUCCCGGCGUUGUUUCGAUGAUACCAAUGGCGUACAAUGCGCAGGGCGUCAACUACAUGGGAGGUCCGAUCGCAUACAAAGGGAUGAUGAUGAACAAAGGGACUAUACCAAAAGGCAAAGGGAAAAUGAUGAAUCGGUUUGCCUAUGGCAAAGGUGGCGGUAGAGGCAAAGGGCAGUGGGGAUGGAGCAAGAAAGACAGGUCACAUAAGGUGAAGGCGAAAAACAUCAGGAAAAGCAUCGUCGCACCGCCGCUGGGGGACGAGGACUCGGAAAGUGACGAUCACGAGGUACGGUGCGGCGGAGGAUUUUUAGAACUGCUGGUGAGGAAAUAAGUAGGCAACUUCGGCCGUAAUUUCGUAGUUGUUUUGAUGAACUUGGUCCACUUCUUGUUAUCUUUUGAUAAUUUUUAACAGGAUGACACCACACCGAGUGAAGCAGGCGAUGGAGCUGCGGGAUCGCAUGAUCCUGAAGAAUUUGAUCACGGACUCAGUCCAACAAAUCCGCGCGUCGUCAACCCCGAGUCAGUGGUGUCCAAGCGAUGGCAGGAAGUACAAAAGUGGAAGGAAAAGCCCAGUUACAGCUGCUUCUUGCGCAUCCAGAAGCACUACCAAGACUCAGCAGCGGGCGUUGGUAGGAUUUUUUGUAUUAACUGUGUUUUUGCGAAGAGGAAGAUGCUGCUGCUUUUUUUUGCGUUUUUCCUCUGUGAAUCCAGACAUAAGAUCUAAAAACACUUCAACAGUGCCGGACGACGCACCACCCAUUCCGGUAACCCCACGGCACGACGACAUGCAGCACAGCAAACGCAAGUGGAAGUACAUCAUGGAAGGGUGGCGGCGGGCCCGGUUGCGGUACGUGCACUUUUUCGAAACUUCUGCGCAGACCGACCUGCCCGAUGACUUGCAGAAUGAUCUGAACGAGCUCAAUGUCAAGGAGAGCCUGGGCAAAGACGACGUCGCGGAAGUAGAGGUGUGUUGACGCGUUUUGUUCACCGCGGAACUUCUUCUACCGGAUUGCAAAUUUGAUAUUCCUACCUAGGUAUAAGCUUCAUCUAAAGGUUGUACAAAGAAGAACUAGAUAUGCUGAAUUGAUUUUACCAUUUCGAAGUUACUAUCACAAGAAUUUAAUCCUGUGGAAACUUAAACGCUUCCACAAAAAAGAGCACGCAAAUUUUAUGGGAUGUCAACGAAAGGGAAAAGAAAAACUAAAGAUAAAAUGGAACGACUGAAUAGUGGAGGUUUGUCCGCUGCUCGUUGCAUAAAAUAACGUGUCAACGCCGGUUUAUUUGAAACAGGACCACCAUUUUCGCACUCACAAAUGAACUCGAAACUGUAAACAAAAGAGUACAGUAGAAAUACGGACAGAAAAUUGCAUUGUCUGUGCUCGUCUACUUCUGGACGACGCAACUAGGUUUGCAGAAU